GAGGGAUAAAAACAUGUCCUGUUUUCCAUCUAAUUUCUCUCCUACCAAACAACUAAGAAUUUUAUUUUCUCUUUAAAAAUCUCUCCACCAUUUUCUUUCCUCUCAAUUUUCACCUAUACCAAACAUAGCAUAAGAGUUUAAGAAGCUUCAUGUCAAGAAAAAAGAGUUGAUCCGUUUAAAAUUCCCACCGCCAUUUUCUUUCUUCCCAAUUUUACCUCUACCAAACAUAACAUAAGAGUUUAAGGAGCUUCAUGUCAAGAAAAAAGAGUAACGGAUCAAAUUACAACUUUGUAUAUAUUUUGGGAAUGAAACGCGCAAUUUACCCAAAAUGGAAGCGGGCGUAAUUUUCCGACUCUUCCUUUGGCCGCUUCUUGUUCUUCGCUUUUCUUUUUCCCUCCAAAAUCACCGCAUUAUAUUAGUGCGUGCGUACACUACGCCAUUGGUUCGAAAUUGAAUUUGUUUAAACUUUAAACAUUUCUGAGUGUAAUGGCCGGUCAAUCGGAUCCUCAUCCUUCUCACUUUUCUGCCCAAGAGGUUGAGUUCAUGGCCGAGGACGAAAUUAUCGAGAUUGUGCCCAAUAUGAAGAUGGAACCUCUCAAUUUAAUCUGUGGGGAUUACGGUCCAUUUUUCCCCCAAAUGGUUACCCAGGUGCCAAUUUGGCUGGCCAUUGCUUUGAAGAAGAGAGGGAAAUGCGCAAUUCGACCUCCUUCGUGGAUGUCCAUUGAAAGCUUGACUCGGAUUUUGGAAUCAGAGCGUGAAUCUCAAGAAGCGUUUCAAGUCCUGCCUUUCCAUUAUGUGGAAAUCUCAAGGCUUCUUUUUGAUCAUGCACGCGAUGACAUUUCUGAUAUAUACAUGGUGAGAUCUCUGAUUGAGGACAUCAGAGAUGUAAGAUUUCAUAAAGUCGAGACUAGCUUGGAAUCAUUUGAGGAUGCUCGCUCAUCUGCUGUGAGGAUUAAUAAUUUAUCUGCUAUGGAAGUGAAUAUAGUACGACCAUUUGUUGGUCGGGCUCUACAGGCGUUUUAUAAGCAUGGCAGUCCAGAUCUGAUUCCGAAUCCGGAGAGAGUGUCUAACUCUAUUUCUAACAGAUGGCAACAAGCACCUGAUCAAGGACAAAGACGUCCUCUACGGAAAAGGUGAAGACUUCGAGGAUGAUAAUAGGCAUCUUUGCAUUCAAUCUAGAAAUGUUGAUCCCAGUAUGCUAGCAAGAAGGGCACUUCUGUCUUCUGUGGAAGCUUCUAUCAAUAGAAUCCUUUCCUGGUUGGUCAUUUUGGUGACUUAUUCUUCUGGAUUUUGGGUCCUCACCUGGUCGUGAUAAUUGUUGUUAUGUAGUAGCAUUCUGAUUCAGAUGACAAUAGGAAAAAAAAAAAAAAA